AUGUCCCACAACGUUCCCAUCAUCUACAACUGCUCCGUACCAUGCUAUAAGCAGCAUAAAGAGACCGCUCAUCCCGCGCCUGAUCAGUCAGAAGCGGGUCCAAGCCGGCUAGAUGCUUCUAGCGCGCCUGCGCCUUCGCCAGUCAGCGGAUCUCCAGGCGAAGAAAGGUCUACCGGGCUCUCGGACCAGGCGAAAGAGGAGCCUGCACCACCACUACGAGCUCUGACAACCCUCUCGUGGCCGCCAGAGCCGGACGAGUCGAUCUUUACCGAUCCACUCCGGAAAGAAGACCCCAAGCCACUCCGCCGUUCCGAGCUCUUGCGCAUCGCUCAAUCAGGCGACCUUCGACACCUCCUCACCUCCACCUCCCUCCCUUCGAUCCUUCGCGCGCUGGACGCCCUCCCCACCCCGGGCGCCCGAUCAGCUAUGCUUGCCCGCUGUCUCUCGAUCGAUCCCAUCUCCCUCUCCGCCCCUACUUCUUCUUCAUCGACGGACCUCCUAUCCCAGCGGGACUCACCACCACCACUGGAAGAUCUCAUCCGGGCGAUAUCGAGACAAGGGGAACCAGCGGUUGACGAGGGCGCAGCGGGUCUGAAGGGGUUCUGGGUGGGGAGGGAGAUUCGGCCGGGAGAGGAAGGAGUGCAGAGGGUUUGGAUAGGCGAGGAGGAGCGAAAGAUCAUGAGGGUGUUUGCGGGCUUAGUAUGUAAGGCGGUGGAUGGAGGGGAGGGCGAUGCGUGGGGACAGGGCGGGCUGGCAUGGGAGGUGUGA